CCUCAAUCUCCAUCCUUCGCCUCUCGCCGGCUCAUCAACCGUCUUGCACGUCACAGCGACUGAUUCACGUCGGACAUUGAGAAAUUUGCCCUGCAAUUUUGUGUCCUGUGACGCGGGCGCAUGAUCGGCUGAAUACGUCUACCAGGGCAGGUAGCCAGAUCAUAGACUUCGUUCGCAUCAGCAAGGUCGUGCACGAUGGCCGCAGCCAAGGUCCACGAGAAAGUCGUUAUCCCCUCCUCGAGCUCAAAUAUUACCAGCAGUACCGGAAGUGAAGACUUGAACCGGACAAAAAUUCUCUUCCAGCUGCGACAAUUAUCGUUUCCCGAUUGGGCCAAAGUGGGAGCGAGGAACCCGAAAGAGCUGAAAGGUGCUCACAAAAACAAAGCAUCUUUUGUCGCUUGGAGCUGUGAUGGGAACUGGCUGGCUACAUGUGGCGAUGACUGCGUCAAAGUGUGGGCGCCAGAAAGAAGUACGGAUGUACGAGGUGCGAAAGAGCUCAAAGGUCACGAGCGACCUGUAGCACAGGUACGAUGGGACCCUAGCAAUCCAAACAUCCUCGCAAGCAUUGGACAGGAUCGGACACUUCGGAUAUGGGACAAUCGAGCAGAAAACGAUAAGGUCUCAGUCGCACAGCUGCCAUCCAACGCGCUCAAUCUCGCCUUCCACCCUUCUUCGCGGUAUAUUGCAAUCGGUGACCGUGAUGACCGCGUUAGCUUGUUCGACGUGCGUAUGCUCGGCAGCGGCGAUAGCGCAGCAGGCGCACCCAGCACCGGCUCAGAUAGCACCACAGCAAAUACACGACCUACCGCAGUACCUGUCGCGCUUAUUCGGGAUGUCAACCAAAAGGGAGAGCUGAUCAACGAGAUCGCCUGGACGCCAGACGGGCGGCAGUUCGUGCUGACCAGCAACACGGGGACGCUGAGCGCGAUGCAAAGCUCUACGUUACUGAUCGAUGAGACCUCGCUCCAGUCAGCUACAGAAAGGAGACUAGCUGGGCAAGCGCCGACGAAUGUCCUACCGUGGCGGACGACGCACUCGUUCACCGCGCAUACCGCCACCAUCUUCUGCCUUGCGAUGGAUCCAUGCGGGCGUUACGCCGCAUCCGCGGGGCAAGACUCAAUGAUCGGGCUUUGGAACACUGCGGACUGGACCAGCGCCGAAGCAGGGAUGAAUGCUAGCGCGAUGACAAACUCGGUGCACAGUUUAGGCUUUAGCGGCGAUGGAGAAUUUUUGGCGGCAGGCGGAGAGGAUGCUUGGGUGGAGAUUCUGGCGACAUCCACAAUGGCAUCAGUCCAUCGGAUCCCGACACCGCUCGGCGACACGCCUUCCGUUGCAUGGCACCCCUGGCGCCACGUGCUAGCGUACGCGUCCGAUCAUUGGAAUGCGAGUGUGCACAUUUUCGGGCUGUGAAGCGCUGUGCUGGGAGAUUAGCAGCCCGACCGUCUGGGCAAUCCGAGGAACAGCGAGGAAAUUACAUGUGUAAACAAUCAUCAAUGCCGAACAGUUACGAUUUUGCUUCGCUC